AUGGGCACAGUGCGUCGCAAGCCGCCGUGCUCUGUUGCCCGCGUCUACGCGCACGUGAACGAGAACCGCCCCCGCGAAUACUGGGACUAUGAGAACCUCGUGGUCAACUGGGGUAAUCAGGAUAACUAUGAAGUGGUUCGAAAAGUAGGUCGGGGGAAGUACUCCGACGUGUUUGAGGGUAUCAACGUCGUGAACGGCGAUCGGGUCGUAAUCAAAAUACUCAAGCCGGUGAAAAAGAAGAAAAUUAAGCGAGAAAUCAAGAUCUUGGAGAAUCUCUGGGGCGGUCCGAACAUCGUGAAACUGCUGGAUCUCUGUCGCGACCCCGUUUCGAAGACACCGUCUUUGAUCUUCGAGUAUAUUCAGAACACUGAUUUCAAACAGCUGUAUCCGGCGCUAACGCUGAACGACAUCCGCUACUAUGUCUAUGAAGUAUUGAAGGCGCUCGAUUACGCGCAUAGUAUGGGCAUUAUGCAUCGUGAUGUCAAGCCGCACAAUGUCAUGAUCGACCAUGAACGACGCGAACUCCGACUGAUCGACUGGGGUCUAGCCGAGUUCUACCAUCCCGGACGACUGUACAACGUACGCGUUGCCUCCCGGUAUUUCAAAGGACCUGAGUUACUCGUCGAUCUUCAAGAUUAUGAUUAUUCCUUGGACAUUUGGUCGCUUGGGUGCAUGCUUGCCGGCAUGAUCUUCCGAAAGGAGCCGUUCUUUCAUGGCCAUGAUAACCAGGACCAGUUGGUGAAGAUCGCUCGCGUGCUCGGUACCGAUGACCUUUAUGCCUAUUUAGCAAAAUACGGCAUUGAACUGCGCGCUUCCUUCGCGACGUUGAUUGGGCGACACAGCAGAAAACCGUGGGAUCAAUUUGUGGUGCCCGAAAACGCACAUCUCGUCACACCAGAUGGCAUCGAUCUGCUGGAGCACAUGUUACGAUACGAUCACCAAGAGCGCUUUACUGCACAGGAAUGCAUGGCGCAUCCAUUCUUUGAUGCAGUGCGGCCACCGGCACUCGUCGAGACGCUGCCGACAACCGCGGAACCGAGUGACGCUGAGAAAAACGCUCACGUAUCGGAAUAUGCGGUGCCUGAGAAUGGAGCUAUUUCCCCGCGAUCCCUUGCAGUAGACGGACCGCAGGGAGCGCGCCGCUCGAUGGGUACCAAUGCCUACGAGCGGGGAGCCGCAUCAGCGACUGCGUCUGCCGUGAUGCGGGUGGAUAAUUCAACCCUGUGGACGAGCAGCUCGGGUGCGAGUUAG